AUGGCAUCAGAUUUUUCCAAGGUUUUUGCCAUCACGGGCGGUGCAUCCGGAAUCGGCGCCGCCACCUGCCAUCUGCUUGCUCAGCGAGGAGCGGAGGCAAUCUGCGUGGGAGAUAUUUCUUCUGAAAGGCUGGCAGAGCUGAGGGAAUCCAUACAAGCCACAUACCCUCUUACAGAUGUUCGCUGCACUGUCCUCGAUGUCUCGUCCUCCGCUGCGAUAAAUGAGUGGGUUGACAGCAUUACGGCCGAGUUUGGGCGGCUGGAUGGGGCCGCCAACAUUGCCGGAAUGGCUCAAGGGGCCGGAAUCCGCCACUGCCCGACCAUCCUGGAAGAAGACGAGACGCAGUGGAAGCGGAUUCUCCAGGUGAAUCUGGACGGAGUUUUCUACGCGACCAAGGCCGAGGUGAGGGCUAUGAAGCCAAUGUCGGGGGAUCGCAGCAUCGUCAAUGUUGCCAGUAUCGCAUCGAUGGCGCACAUGCCAGAUGUUUUUGCCUAUGGGACAUCCAAGGGAGCUUGUGCCUAUUUCACGACCUGUGUGGCGCAGGACGUGAUUCCCUUUGGAAUCCGGGUCAACACUGUCUCUCCGGGAAUUACGAGAACACCGAUGUUACCCAAAUUUGCCCCCACAAAGACUUCGGAUCAGGUGGAAGAGGCCUACACAAAGGAAGGCUUCGCAAUAAUUGAACCGGAGGAUGUUGCGCGAACUAUUGUCUGGCUAUUGAGUGGAGACUCCCGUCCGGUGUUUGGAGCGAAUAUUAACGUAGGUGCUUGUAUGCCUUAA